AUGAGUCUCGCCCUCCGAACAGCAUCCCGUACCACGGUCGUACGACCGUCUCUCUCUUCCACCUCUUCGAUCGUCCGUCGUAGUGGCUACGCGACGAGGGUGCAAAGCUCGGAAGCCGCCGGGGGGAUCAAGAUCGCGGCUUCGGACGUCGGGAGCCCUACGGCCGCGAUCAGUGUUGUCGUCAAGGCCGGUUCGCGAUACGAGACGGCGCCUGGGUUGGCUCAUGUGUUGAGGAACUCGUUGUUCAAGGUGAGUGGGGGGGGCGAGUGGCGAGGCGGGAGCACCGACAGGAGAGAGGAGACACCGCAUCGCCGGCGGACGAGCUGGCGAGCUUGUGCGCUACGCUCGUAGUCAUCACAAGUAUCGAAGGAGUACAACUGACCUGAACCUAAUAUACGAGUCCCUCAGGCGACCAACAAACGGAGUGCGAUCCGAUUGGUGCGCGAGACCGAGAUGUUGGGCGGCGUGCUCUCGUCGUCGCUGUCCCGGGAACACCUUGUUUUGACUGCCGAGUUCAUCAAGGGCAACGAGUGCGUGCACGUCGUUCAUGUUUUGGAGUCGUGCUUGGUUGCUGACGUUCGACGCUUUUUUUCCCUGCUCCGCAACCUGCUCCGCCGCCUCACCUCGCACUCGCACUCGCACUCGCACCUCCUGCCGGCCUGCCCUACCACUCGUCAUCACCUCCGCACCCACCACCACUACGUUCAACACUGGAACCUCAUCAUGAUCCAUCUUAUUGCGACCAUCCGUCACACAGGGCUUACUUUGCCGAGGUGCUCGGAGACGCGAUCAGCCAGGCCAAGCUCUCGCCCCACGAAUACAACGAGGAGGUCUUGACCCAGGUCGCGUCAGAGUACGAGCAGGCGAUUCGUGACCCGACCACCUACGCCCUUGACCUCGCCCAUGGUCUCGCCUUCCGCACCGGCCUCGGCAAUUCGCUGUUUGCUUCGCCCCACACCGCCGUCGCCUACACCUCCGCCGUCAGCUACGCCAAGGCCGCUUUCGCCCCCUCCAAUGUCGCCGUUCUCGGUUCCGGCAUCGACACUGGUGCCUUGUCCAAGCUCGUUUUGCAACACUUCACUUCGUCCGCUUCGGCCGCCGGCUCGCUCUCGGCACCGGCGACAAAGUACUUUGGUGGCGAGGUGCGCGUCCCCUUGAUCGGCCACGGCGCCGCGCUCGACACCUUCUUGCUCGCGUUCGAGGGUGGUGCUAGCAGCGACUUGAACUUUGUCGUGCUCCAAGCUUUGCUCGGUGGUGAGGCCUCGGUCAAAUGGAGCCAGGGCUUGUCCCCCUUGGCCAAAGUCGCGUCGGGCACGACCUCGGCCAAGGCGGUGAACCUCGCCUACUCGGACGCCGGUCUGUUCGGCAUCAUCAUCCACGGCGCCUCGGAUGAGGUUUCGACCGUCGCGCAGAAAGCCGUUGCGGAAUUGCACAAACUCGCCAAGGGCGUCGAGGGCGGAGCGGUCAAGCAAGCGAUCGCGAAAGCCAAAUUCAACGCCGCCGCGGCACUUGAAUCCCGUGUUGGGUCGCUCGAAGUUCUGGGUGCACAAUUGAACGCGGGUGGGAAGGUGCAGGAUUUGGACGAGUUGUUUGCGGGCUUGGACAAGGUCUCGGCCGAGUCGGUUAGCAAGGCCGCGGCGAAGAUGCUCAAGAGUAAACCCACAACGGUGGCCGUGGGGGACUCGCGUAAACUGCCUUGUGAGUUUUGA